AUGCAGAAGUAUAGAGUUGUAACUUUUUUUGUAGUAUUAUGUGGGCUGAAAAACAUUAAAUCUAGUAUGGGUAUGCCCUGUAAUAAAAACAAUAUAAGCGGUUGUGCCCAAAACCAAUCACCAAUGAAUAUAGAAUGCUGUUAUAAGGAAAAUUGCAGUAGACCUGUUUUACAACAAGGAAACUGCGGUUAUAAACCAUCUUGUUUACAGGAAGAUAAAAAUAAAAGUUUGUGUGGUUCGGGUUCGAGUUCGGGUUCUGGUUGUGCAAAUAGCAGCAAAUCUGUCCAUGGGAAUAAACCAGAGGAUAAAGCCCCUAAACAUGACCAUAAGCAUGAUCAUAAGCAUGGCCAGGGAGAUGACCAUAAACAUGAUCAUAAGCACGAUCAUGACCACAAACAUGGCCUGGGAGAUGACCACAAACAUGACCAUAAGCAUGAACAUGGCCAAGGAGAUGUUCAUGACCAUGAUUUGGGGCCUUCAGCAGAUUAUAACAGCAAAAACCCAUCAAAUCCUUCGUAUAACGAAGAAUCACAGAGUGUGUCGCCAGACAAUGAACCCGAAAUAGGCAAUGAGUAUUCCUACUAG